UUUAAAUUGGCAAUUCAUGUUAAAAACUGCUGGUGUUUUUGGAAAUAAAUAUUAAUCUAGUAUUAAACUAAAUCAAUUCAGAGCCAUGGAUUCUACGAGAGAAAAGUCUUUUCAGGAUUACCGCAAGAAAUUAAUGGAACACAAGGAGGUGGAAUCGAGAUUAAAAGAUAUGCGAGAACAACUCAAAGAUCUCACAAAGCAGUACGAUAAGAGUGAGAAUGACUUGAAGGCUCUGCAGAGCGUGGGCCAGAUAGUCGGUGAGGUGUUGAAGCAACUCACUGAGGAGAAAUUCAUAGUGAAAGCCACAAAUGGGCCGAGAUAUGUGGUUGGCUGCCGUCGUCAGCUGGACAAGAAUAAGCUAAAGGGGGGCACUAGAGUUGCCCUGGACAUGACCACACUCACCAUCAUGAGACACUUGCCGAGAGAGGUUGAUCCUCUUGUAUAUAACAUGAGCCAUGAAGACCCAGGUGAUGUUACAUAUUCUGCUAUUGGAGGUCUGCAGGAACAAAUUAGACAGCUUAGGGAGGUGAUUGAGCUGCCACUAAUGAACCCGGAACUGUUCGUGCGGGUGGGCAUCACCCCCCCGAAGGGCUGUCUGCUGUACGGGCCGCCGGGUACGGGCAAGACUUUGCUGGCCAGAGCUGUGGCUUCACAGUUAGAUGCUAACUUUUUGAAGGUAGUGUCAUCGGCGAUAGUGGACAAAUAUAUCGGGGAGUCGGCGCGACUCAUCCGAGAGAUGUUCAACUACGCGCGCGACCAUCAGCCCUGCAUCAUCUUCAUGGAUGAGAUUGAUGCUAUCGGUGGCAGACGUUUCUCUGAGGGUACCAGUGCUGAUCGUGAGAUCCAACGCACCUUGAUGGAGCUCCUCAACCAGAUGGACGGCUUCGACUCGCUGGGGCAGGUCAAGAUAAUCAUGGCGACCAACAGGCCCGACACGCUGGACCCCGCGCUGCUGCGACCCGGCAGGCUGGACAGGAAGAUCGAGAUACCUCUGCCCAAUGAACAGGCCAGAUUGGAGAUCCUCAAGAUCCACGCGGCGCCCAUCGCCAAGCACGGCGAGAUGGACUACGAGGCGGUGGUGAAGCUGUCGGAUACGUUCAACGGCGCCGACCUGCGCAACGUGUGCACCGAGGCGGGCCUGUUCGCCAUACGCGCCGAGCGCGAGUACAUCGUGCAGGAGGAUCUCAUGAAGGCAGUGCGAAAGGUUGCAGACAACAAGAAACUGGAGAGCAAGUUGGACUACAAGCCUGUCUAAACCACGCAUUUAUAUGAAAAAUAAUAAUAUUACACUUAAGGCCCCUCAUACGAUAUUGUCAUUACAUAUUCAUUUCUUAAUAAAAUAAUAUAGUUUAAA